AUGGAAAGGGAAACGGACAUCUUUAUCUUGAUCGAGAGUCUUCCAGAAGCUGUUCAUCUUCUCUCUGGUCUCCUGCACCCGGAUCCAAAUUUGAGACCGACUGCACAAGAAGUUCUGCAUCAUCCAUUGUUCUGUAACUCUGACAUGAGACUGUCUUUCCUUCGGGAUGAAAGUGAUGGGAUCGAAUUGGAAAACCGCGAAGAAGGGUCACAGCCGCAGUGGUUACUUUAA